CCCAGUCAAUGCUUGAACAGAUCAGGAUGGAGGUGAAGUACCUUCCAUUCCUGCUAGUUAUACUAUUCUCUGAAUCCCUGGGAGAAUAUGCUUCAGCACCAGCUGCAGCUCCUGCUAAAGGAUAUCUAGAUGGUUCUGAGAGUGUAGAAGUUAAUGCAGAAGGUAAAGCUGUAAACAAUCCUGGCAUGGACGCAACAUCCAAAGCUUGCAGAUACGAUGAUGGUCCUGGUUGGUCAGACUGUGAUCCAUUUGAGCUUGUCAGAUUCAGGGUUCUCAGACUCAUCCAUGGUGGGAGUCAGUGCGAAGAGGUCAAGAAUAUUACAAAGCAUUGCACACCUCAUGAUUUUCCAUACGGAACCCAUUGGUUGAUCCAGGAACACAGAAAAUGUAUUGCUGAGUUGAACAGAUUGAAGGCAAUGAUUUCUGACCUAUACAAGUUUAUUGAGACCAUGCACCAAAAAGGAAAGGAAUUGUUUACUGCUUAUCUGAACCUGAAGAAGAAACUUGAAGAUCUGACCCAGAAGUUGGAUAAACUUAAGGUUGAAGGAGAUCAUCAACAAGAAGUACUACAGAAAGUCAAGGACGAGAUUGAAGAAUGGAAAUCUAAGGCCAGGGAGUUGCAAGUUCAAAUUGACGAGCUGAAAGCCAAGUAUCAUGAUCUUGAAGCAGAACAACAUGAACUUGAACUAAAGAAUGAACAGCUUACAACUGAUAUUAAUGUUCUGAUCAAAGAAACCGAAGGUAUGACAAAGAAGAUUGAGAAAACUAGCCGAGAAAAUGAAGAAUUGAAGAAAAGAAUAGUAGAGGCUCAGCAUAUUAAGGAGGAGGUUGCAGAUAAAAAGGUUGAGCUGAAUAAGCUGACCGCUAAGUCAGAAAAGCUUGAGGAUGAUCUAUCCGAUAUUAAAGAUAAGCUUUCUGAAUGUAGAAUUGAGGGACUAACUAAGAAUGUUGCUAAAUAUGAAGAUGGAUAUGAAAGCAAGGAUACUCAUGUUGAUCUGAGCAUGGAAAUGUUUAUUACACAUAACAAGACUGUACUCUAUAAACCAACCUACAAACCAAUCUACUACACAACUGAAAAAUACUAUUCCAAGGGUUAUGAGACUGAGUCUGCUAAAUGCUUGAUUUCCUACUUUGGUUAUACAAAUGAGACAUGCUGGUAUGAAACUGAAGGAGAAAAAUCUGAAGAUUCCUAUGUUGAUGCUCUGGGUCACCAUUUAGUUGAGGCGCACUGGAAAUAUUUUACCAUUGAUGUAAAGAAUCAGUAUGAGUGUGACAAAGCUUCACAUCUUCAUUAUGAAUUCUUGCUCAACAGAUGUAGCCCCAAACAUUAUUUACCAGUACUUUCAGUUUUCAGACAAAGUAGACUAGAUAAAGAAUGUGGAACCCAUGUCUACCCCAAGGUCCCAAUCAGGAAAGGAGAUUCUAAUGCUUGCUGGAUUACAUUCUUAGGGGCUCAUGGUCACUGUGAAGCACACAAUGGAAAAUACGAUCUUUACAACACUGCUGACAAAGAGGAUCAAUCUAGUCAUAACUCCAAACAGAGAUGUUUGGCUAGAGCGGACUGGUGGAUGAAAUAUUGUGAUACCCCUGUUAUUGCAACUUUUGUUCCGGAUGAAGUUUCUUCCAACUGGGAACAUGAUUGGAUUAUGCAUGACAGCCAUGGAGGGAGAAUGUUUGAAGAUUCUGAGGACACUAAUAAUCAUAUUAAUCCGGAUUCCCUCAAACCCCAAUCUGCCAAGCCAAGCUCAUACAAGUCUGACUACAAAUCAAUGCCAGCAAAGGUCCCUGACUACCAUGAUUCUCCAGAAUACAGGAAAAGUCUUCACUUGCAAGGAGAGGAGAAGGAAACAGUAUUGAAGCAAUUAAGGAAGAGAUUAGGUAUGAGUGGUAAAGCUAGUGGAAUCAGCAAAGAUGUUAUUAACCAUCAAGGCGUUGAUACUUCAGGUCAACCUUCUGAUUCUUCAUAUAAUGGAUAUAAAGCAGAAGAACAGAAAUAUGAAGCACCAGAACCUAAAUAUUCUUCAGAAGCAUAUUCAGAAGCUCCAACAACUUAUGCAGCUCCAUAUUCCUCAGAGGCUUCAUACUCUUCUGAGAAACCAUACUCUUCUGAAGCUCCAUACUCCUCAGAGGCUCCUUACUCCACAGAAGCUGCAUACUCCUCAGAAGCCCCCUAUUCAUCUGAGGCUCCCUACUCUUCUGAGGCUCCUUACUCCACAGAAGCUGCAUACUCCUCAGAGGCCCCCUAUUCCUCUGAAUCUCCCUACUCUUCUGAAGCUCCCUACUCUUCAGAAGCUCCCUACUCACCUGAAGCACCCUACUCCUCUGGAGCUCCUUACUCUACAGAAGCUCCUUAUUCUACAGAAGCUCCAUAUGCUUCAGAAGCUCCAUAUUCAGCAGAACCUGUCUACUCCUCUGAAGCUCCGUAUUCCUCUGAAGCUCCUUAUUCUCCUGAACCUGCCUACUCCUCUGAGGCUCCCUACUCUUCCGAAGCUCCCUACUCCCCAGAAGCUCCAUAUUCAUCAGAAACUCCAUACAAAACUGAGGCUCCAUAUGCAGAACCUAGUGAAGCACCUUAUGCAGAAGCCCCUAAGUAUGAGGAACCUGCCAAAGACAGCUCUGCUGAGAAGUACAGAAUUUGUAGAAAUAUGAACUUUUUCAAUCUUUUGAUUUCCCCCUUUCUCCUUUCAUCACUUCUUCUCCUUUCUAUAUCAGCUAGACCAAACCCAGAUCUCCCAGUAAAUUCCUUCACUACUUUAGCGGAUGAAACCUUUAAUAUUAUAGCUGAUGGAACUUCUGCUGCUAUAUCCGAUGAAACAUUUACUACUAUAGCUGAUAAAACUUCUACUUCUAUGGCAGAUGAUACCUAUACUUUUAUGGCUAAUGAGACCUCAGCUACUAUGGCUGAUGAAAUCUUUAAUAUUAUAGCUGGUGAAACCUCUACUGCUAUAUCUGAUAAAACCUUAACUACUACAGCUAAUGAAACUUCUACUACUAUAGCUGAUGAAACUUCUACUACCAUAGCUGAUGAAACCUCUACAACUAUAGCUGAUGAAACUUCUUUUUUUAUAACUGAUGGAACUUCUACUACCAGUGCUGAUACAACCUCUACUACUAUAGCUGAUAUAACGUCUACUACUAUAGCUGAUGAAACCUCUACUACUAUAGCUGAUGAAACCUUUACUACUGUAGCUGAUGAAACUUCUACUACUAUAGCUGAUGAAACUUCUACUACUAUAGCUGAUGAAACUUCUACUACUACAGCUGAUGAAACCUCUACUACUAUAGCUGAUGAAACCUCUACUACUAGAGCGGAUGAAACCUCUACUACUAGAGCGGAUGAAACCUCUACUACUAGAGCGGAUGAAACCUCUACUACUAGAGCGGAUGAAACCUCUACUACUAGAGCGGAUGAAACUUCUACUACUACAGCUGAUGAAACCUCUACUACUACAGCUGAUGAAACCUCUACUACUACAGCUGAUGAAACCUCUACUACUACAGCUGAUGAAACCUCUACUACUACAGCUGAUGAAACCUCUACUACUACAGCUGAUGAAACCUCUACUACUACUGCUAAUGAAACCUCUACUUCUACAGCUGAUGAAACCUCUACUACUACAGCUGAUGAAACCUCUACUACUACAGCUGAUGAAACCUCUACAAAUAUUGUAAAUGAAAGUAUAAGUACGGAGGUUAGGUGCCCUGAAGGUAUGACUGGGAGUACAAUAAAGCAUCCUACCGAGUAUAGAAUGUACUAUACCUGUGUCUGGGGAGCACCUGUACUAAUGAGGUGUACUCCUCCUUUAAUAUUUGAUCCUGAACUACAAAUCUGUAACUGGGAAAACUUGACUCAUAUUUCACAAUAAGUCUGAUAACUCAAGUCAGAACUUUUGUGUUGUAAAUCUCGGGAUCAAUCAUCAAUAUCAAUCUUUUGCAGAA